GGCGGAUCUAUGCUAAUAAACCAAGGGUAGGGAGGUCCGGUCAGCUCGGGUUUUUUAGAGAGAGAGAGAGAGAUCUCAGAGCUGUGAGGCUAUCCAGGAGCGGACCCUGACUGAAGGAGAAGGUUCUAGGCUAGCGGACUGAGGCCCCCGAUCCAGAGCCGGCGUCCCUGCCACACCGGGGAGCCGGCCAUGCCUCCGCGGGAACUGGCUGAGUCGGAGCCUCUUCCGACCCCUCCCGUGCGGCGGGGCAGCGCGCCCCCGGAGCUGGGCAUCAAGUGCGUGCUGGUGGGCGAUGGGGCGGUGGGCAAGAGCAGCCUCAUCGUCAGCUAUACCUGCAAUGGGUACCCAGCCUGCUAUCGACCCACUGCGCUGGACACCUUCUCCGUACAAGUCUUGGUGGAUGGAGCUCCUGUCCGGAUUGAGCUCUGGGACACAGCUGGACAGGAGGACUUUGACCGACUUCGAUCCCUCUGUUACCCAGACACAGAUGUCUUCUUGGCUUGCUUCAGUGUUGUGCAGCCUGGCUCCUUCCAAAACAUCACAGAGAAAUGGCUGCCUGAGAUUCGAACCCACAACCCCCAGGCCCCUGUUUUGCUAGUGGGCACUCAGGCUGAUUUGCGGGAUGAUGUGAAUGUACUGAUCCAGUUGGACCAGGGGGGUCGAGAAACACCUGUGCCACAUCCCCAGGCUCAGGGUUUGGCUGAAAAGAUCCGAGCCCGAGGAUACCUGGAGUGCUCUGCUCUGACUCAAAAGAACUUGAAAGAGGUGUUUGAUGCAGCUAUUCUCAGCGCCAUCGAGCACAAGGCCAGAUUGGAGAAGAAGCUCAACGCCAAGGGUGUCCGGACACUGUCCCGGUGCAGGUGGAAGAAAUUCUUCUGUUUUGUUUGAGCCCCAACUCUGAGGGGAGGGGAGCAGGAGGCUAGAGAUGCCUGGAACCGUGGGGCCACGGGAAACCUUGGAGCUGCGGGCAGAAGCAGACCUGGGUUACCUUCGAGUGGUGUGGACCUUUCCUGGUGAUUGUAGGAACAGAUUGCCGUUAACUGUUCGCUUUGUUUGACCUUUUUGGGUUGUUGUUUGUCCUUUAUUCUGGAAGACAACCAUGACAUCAGGGAGGGGAUGCCAUGACAUUCAAGUGAAUUGGAUUUAAGCGAGAGAGGGCUGGGCAAAGUCACCAGCCUCUCCUUUUCCUCCAGAGCUAUUUGGGUCCAAUGGCAAGAUUUGGAUAAGAUCAACUGGAGAUGGCCCAGAUGGGGAAAUUGACCUUUUUAAACAGAUCUUUCCUAGAUCUGUUUGUCUGAGGCACCACCCAUUCAGUGAUUAAGAAUAGGUAGAAUAGGUAAGAAUUGAGGCAAAGAAUGGCCUCUUACCUAAUUAAAAAAGAAUCUGGGAGAGACCCUCCAGGUUUAUGGCCCAAACAGAAAGGAGUGCUACAUUCACUCUUAUCAGUCAGGGCCCAAACUAUGAUCAAUUGGAACUUGACCUGUAGGAGGGAAUAAGUCUGCUUCUGAGGGACAGUUUACCCUUAAGAAAGCAGCAUUUUCCUUCAGGUGACUAACAGUCUAGGGCUCUAAUUCAGUGGGGUUUUUCAGCAUGGGCUCCCAAGCCAAUACAACUCUGAACUAGCAAAAAUCCUUGCUUGGGUUCUCUCCAGGGAAAAAAGUCUUGUAGCCCACAGAUUCUGAUACAAGGAAGGGAACUCAUCCAUGAGAUCAACUAGUUGAAAAGAAGUGUUUACAAUAGACAAGGGCUCUGAGGAACCUUGGGCAAAGCUCUGUAAUGGAAGAGAGCUCUUUUGGGAAAGGAGACAGGAAGGAAGGUACUAAAAUGAUGGGAUAAGGAGGUAGGUAAGGAGAAAGUUGUAAGGAGAGCAUGCUGGGAGAGAAUGAGAAAAUGGAUAUUUGGGCAAGCUUCUUCUAUAGAAGAGAGAUCUUUGGGAACAAGACCGUUUGGCAAGAGAGAAAAGGACGCUGGGAGCAAAGUGGGGAGGGAAAGGAGAAGAGGAAAAAGACUGCUGCUGAGGGGAGAUGGGAGGAACUUGUCAAGGACUCCUCCCUGAGCCUACCUUCAGCCCCAUCUCUGCCUAAGGCCAGAGAGGGAGGGGCCACCUGGGGCUCUGAUGAGAAUAGCUCUCUCAGUCCUUUCUCACUACUGCCCAAACUGGCUGGACGGGAGUGGGGGAGUGAGGGCUGAAUCUUGGAGAAGGGGGUUCCUGGAGGGGAGGGGGACAACAGCAAUAGGGAGACGCAGAGGAAAUCCUUUUUGAGGGUCCAAUCCCUAAUGGUUAGGGAAUGUAGAAGGGACUCUGUGGAGUUAUGUCUACUAAUAAAAGUCUCAAACAU